AUGGGAGACGCGAAAAAAGAGACUGAAUCUACUGCGAGAAGCAUAACAGCCACUCUUUCGGCAGAUGAGGCCAGUAAAAUACUUGAAAAGAUCAGAGUUAAUACCCAAAGAAUAUUUAACACCACGAAAGGGUUGAAUUUCGCACUAACUCCAUCCAACAUCCCAGCCACCGAAAUAGUCACCAAAACGCUUGAUUCAGAGCAAGCAGACACCGUAAGACGAACUAUAAACUGUAUCCUUCAACAGGGCAAACCACCCAAGCUUAACAUAUCGAAGGAUAUGCAAGAAGCCGUUAAGAAUCUAAAACAAGACGACACUAUCACUAUUCUGCCAGCGGAAAAGGCCACACUAGUGUAG